AUGCGUGUCAUUGCCAAAUCUGUUACCGAGGCUGAACUCGACAACUUCUACGGCGACACCAUCACCUGGGUGGUUCCGGAAUGGGAUCUGGAAGUCACUCCCGGUGGCGAAGUCGUCACUCUGAACGGCACCGUCGAGCAAGUCGUCGCGCAACUCCGCGAGCUCAACCCAAACUACGACUCGGAUUUCGACCUGGAUCUUCCCAGCGCUGGAGACGCUGAGCUUCUUGCAUCUCUUGUGUCUGAAGAUGUCGCAUCCGACGGGCUCGAGAAGCGUACCGACUUCAGUGGUCGUAAUUACAUCCGCAGGGGCAGAUGGGGCAACGCAAGUGCCCGAGCUAUCUACAGCGGCAUCAGAUACCUGAGAGACAUCGGCGGCAAGCCGCGCCUUCCGGCCGGACCUAGCGUUUGCAGCCGCGUGAGCUGCUCUUACAACGCUGGCAUCCAGUGGUGCAACGACGCCCGCCAAGCCAAGGAGCUUGCCUCGUUUGGUUCCAUUGCCGACGGCGCCCAGUACAUCGAUGACCAAUGUCACAUAGGUUCCCCGGGUGUAAGCGGCUACGCCAGUGGCCAAGUGUUUCACGAAACCGACUGA